AUGCUCUGCCACAAGUCCGUAUUCGCCAUCAUCUGUGCGCUGCUCAUUGCAAGCGGCUUUGCCCAGGCCAAGUCUUCGCCUGAGCGGGCCGACCUCUCUACGCGUUUCGUCCAUUCCACCUUGCCCAGCGAUUGCGCUGGUGGUACCGUUUACUGCUUGACCGCUCAGAAGGGCUUUGACGCCAGCCCCGCACUGAGCAAUCUCGGCUGCACUGUUGCGAGGUCGAUCGACCACGACAACGACAAUUGGGUCUCGUACCUCAUCAACGGCCCGUGCUCUGGCACCGUCGAACUCCUCUGCCCUCUCGGAAACAACGAGCCUGCCAAUCAUCGCGCCCGCAUGAGCUUCACCUUCGGACCCACUUCUUCGUUGAGCACAUCCGACCAGUAUCUCAUUGGCGUUACGAGCGACGGCAAAAGACUUCAAGUCGCACCCAGUAGGUCGGGAACCGUUUCGACGAAGGUGACAGGUGCUGAUCUGCAAGCUUGGUGCAAGUUCUGGCCCUGAACAGUUACGACGAGAUGGAGAAAGACGACGUGUCGAAAGAAGCAAAUGAGCGCAUCGACUGCUACCAGUCCUUGCAGUCUGUAUCGACCGCGAACACUGUCAACUCUAUCCUUUGUCACUUCUUCGCGUGGCUCACUCACAGAGAAUGAAGUCAACAAAGC